UAAGUUUCGAAACACGUAACCCGAAACUACCAAAUAAGACGCAUCAAUUUGAUAUUAACUUUAUUUAUCUUAUUAAAUUUAUUUUUUAAGUUUUCUAAGUCAUUAAAAAUGUACAAUAUGUUAAAUAAUUUAAAUUAAAAUAAACUUUUUGACUUUAAGUGAACUUUAAAGAGUGCAUAAUGAAUAUUGAUACAGUGAAAGCUCUUAAUAAAAAAGGUGAUUUUGUGAAAAAGUUAACAGAUAUCGACCAUAGGAAAAGAAGAAGAGGGUUAAUAUUUUCAUCACGGCUACGGAAAGAUAGAGAAAAACGGCAGAUUGAUACGGAAGAAACUACAGAGUUCAUAACGCGUCGCCCUAUUCUUCCUUCAGGCAUAUCCGCUGAAUGGAGUGGUGCUACGGGAGGUCCGCCAGCAGAAGUAGUUCUCAGACUUCAUCCAACAGCGUCCUCCACAUAUCCCGCUCUAUCAGCCAGAGGAAAUUUCACCCUAAAUGAAUUGGAUGGGAGUGGUGUGGUGGUUCGAGCUGAAGAGGCUUUGAUCGUGGCCCUAGUAUUGCUGCUGUGGGUGGCAGCCAUCGCUCUGUUCUUCAACCGCUGGGGCAAGAUCAGGAUGUUAGAGCCAUAUCAACCAAAGUUUCAACAACAGCAUCGACAGAGCUGUGUUCUCGUAGAGAACAGUGUAUCUGUUCCUCCACAUCACCGCGCGUCACUGUCACGUGGAUGCGUGUCCUACGAUUGCGGGACAUUCUCUGCAUACCAGCCCUACGGAUACCUCUCACACCGUCCUCGACAGAAUUCAGUAUUCGUAGGCAGUAUGGGCGGCAUGGCCCUGAUACCUGAAAGUCCACCGCGACGCUCCCGCUCCGCAGCUGACCUCCAAGCCAUCACCACACCAUCAGAACAUGUACCAACUACAUCGAGAUCUUCGAGAGCUGCCAGUCUACACGCUGUUGAUCUUCGAGUCUGUGCUCCUUCGCCGAGAGCUUCACGAGCUGCCAGCCUCCACUCUGCUGUCGACGUCCCAACUGUCCAGAUACAUGUGAGGGGAUCUGUCACCAGUAUGAAUAGACCACGUAGUCCUAGAAGACUAACUAUUACAAAUGUUUAAAGAUAACACUUUUCUAUUGUACAAAUGAUGAAUGCUAUGAGUUCAUUGUCUUUGCUCCGUCCACUAUGACUCUAUGUUUUCAUUUUCAGACAAGGGUGUGGUCUGCAGACGCCGCUUAAUUAAAAUUGCUUUCCCCGGGGCAUUAAGGGAAUAGGAAUUUCCCAGGCCCAUUGGUAUUAUGGGUACCACAUGGCGCUUUUUGUGCCGUGAAGCAGUAAUGUAUUAGCAUUAUUGUGUUUCGGUCUGAAUGGCGCCGUAGCUAGUGAAAUUACUGAGCAAAUCAGACUCAACAACUUAUGUCUCAAGGAGCGCAACUGUAGUGCUGCUCAGAAUUUUCGGGUUUUUAAAUAGUAAUUGGCAGGGCGUAUGAUUUGCCAUCAGCUGAACGUCCUGCUGGUCACGUACCUUGUUGUCAUAAAAAAAGAUCCCGAAACUCCGUU